GGUCAUUCAUAGAACACAACAAAUUGGGACGUCUAUAUACCUCUCGAUAAGCAGGCACGUAAUCAUGGUUCUGGACGGAUGGAGGUCAUCUUUGCUGUUGUAGUUGUCCAUUGCAUUUACGGUUAUCAUAUAUAACGGCGAGAAUCAGACCAUUCCAGCACUCACCAUUGUCUUCAGAUUUUCACCUGAUGAUGCUAUCUAAAAACUCCCCUUUCAUACAUGCUCAUCCAUGGCUCCAACAACGACCAGCCCCGGGUAUUCGGCUGUCCUCGGUUCGACGGUUGCCGGCACCUCAUGGCAGUUUUUGAUUCACCGGUCCAAAACUAUUGUCUUACCCUUGUCGGGGCAUUAUCAUCUCCAUCCCAACCCCAUACCCAACCCCCAAACCUUGAUGUCAUCUGGGACAAGCCAACCAAAAAAAAUCCACAUCUGUUGGAAUUUCACCGAGACAAUGUGGAUUGUGGAGGUGGUGACUUUUGUAGUGACUUUUCGGCAGCGAAACGACGGCGCCAAUACUCAAGAAGGUCUAGACUACCCCAUACCCCAUACUUGUUUGUUAGACGUACGCCGGUGAGCCAGUCCGGCUGUGGUCAGUGUUUGACGCUAUUCCCGACCUGGCUCUUCCUCCGUAACUCCGGUCAAAAGCCAAACCGCUCCGAGUCCGACCGCCGCCCCCGCCCCCUCCCCUCACCAGCGGCCCAACGACCCCGGCCCCGCCCCGAGUUGACUCCACAACGGAGGUACAUAUGUAUGUAUGUACACUAACUAUACCGCAACAACCUAACC